UCACUAAGCACAGGUCACUGGUGCUGUUGUCGCCGUGGCCCCGCCCUCGCAGCGUGACGUCAGGGCAGCGGACGGUGGAAGCAGCUCUGACUUGAGUCUCAGAAAAGCCGGAGAUGGCUUCUCUCAGGCAGGAGCAGCUCUACGGGCUCUGCUGCGGGAAAAGCAGCCGGAGCGGCUCCAGCAGGACGCUGCUCCACGUCAAGCUCACGGACACGGCUCUCAGAGCACUGGAGGCUCAUCAAAACCUCAAGGGAACUUUGCCAAAUCAACCAUCCAUUUGUUUCAAAGGAAACCAAGGGUACAUCAAGAUCCCAGCUCCCACUGAGGAGUCGGUGUCUGCUCUUCGCAUCUUCUCCUUCUACUUAUCCAGCGACAGCAAAGACCAGCCUCAGGCCAGCUUUGACUGCAUCCAUCAGUAUGUCUCAAGUGACGGCCGCGAGCAGCUGGAAGGUCAGGGGGUCAUCCAGGACAAGAUCACCGUGUGUGCCACAGAGGACUCCUACCAGGUGACCCGCGAGAGGAUGUCCCAGGUGGAGAAGGACAGCUGGAGUCGCUCCGCCAUAGAGAUCAAACCUGGAGCCACACAUCCAAGUAAAUGCACCAAGUUCAACAAGAAGUCAGCUCCUUCUACGCCAGACAGCAGCCUCUGUAAGCAGUCCACCAACAACCAAAGGAUCAGCGGUACAGCCACGCCGACCCAGAAGCCCCUGAGGGAACGCAUUAUCCACCUGCUGGCUCUGAAACCCUACAGGAAACCAGAGCUGCUGCUGUGGCUGGACAGAGAGCGAGCCGGACCCAAGGACAAGGCCGAGCUCAGUCCUUUACUGGAGGAGGUGGCUAAAGUGAAUCCCAAAGACAGCAGCUACCUGCUGAGGGACGACUUCUACAAGCAUGUGCAGAGGGACUGGCCUGGCUACAGCGAGGAGGAGAGGCAGCUGAUCAGCAGGCUGCUGGCCAGGAAAUUGCAGCCGCAGAUUAGCAACCAUUUGAGAAGUCUUCAAGCAAACGCGUCGAUACUGAAGACCUCAGAGGAUUCGACACUUCAUCAGAGCACAGUAAAAAAUCCCCCAAUGAAACGCCCUGUGCCUUCUGACUCACUGGAAAGGCUCGCUGCCAAGAGACAAAAACUUGUGGACCAGAGGUUGCACCAACAAACACAUAACAAUGCAACUCCCACCCUCAACCACAGCUUCCACACAAAGACUGAGUUUCAAGGGACAACUAACCUUACUGGUAAACAGAGCGCCUCACCGGGGAGCCACAGCAGCUUUUCUGCAGCCCACAAACUGUGUAGCACCUCCGACACACCUGUUUCAGAGAGCAGGGAGCAUGGACCCAAGGGAAGCGACCACCUGCCACCGCAGGGCGACUCUGACGGCACAAACCAGCAGCUCUCUACCUGCCAGAACAGAAAGAAGAAGUCUAAAAAGCACAAAGACAAAGAGCGGGAGAGGCAAAAAGACAACCAGGGACUGAACUGGUCGGAGACGAGUCCUGAUCUUAAGCAGAAGCCGGAAACACUUGAAAAUCUUACCAUCAGGAAAACUGUGGCCUCUGAGGAGAAGCCGGAUUAUGUUCUCACCUACAGCCCCAUAAUAAGUAUAGAGCAACGUAAGAGAUACCAGGGCGAUUUCUGUGAGGAGUACGAUGAGUACAAAGACCUCCACUCUCGCAUCGCCACCAUAACUCACAUGUUUGUUCAGCUAGGGUCCAAGAUCAAGAGCCUGUCCCCGGGCACACACGACUAUAAGAUCAUGGAAGACCAAAUACUAGAAAAGUACAACAAAUAUCGAAAGAAGUUCCCAGGCUACCGGGAGGAGAAGAAACGCUGCGAGUAUCUCCAUGAAAAACUGUCCUACAUCAAACAGCUCAUCAUAGACUAUGAUGUCUCUCAGGUUUCUUCGUAGCAAACAGGCUUUCUGUCGACUGCAGAGAUUUUUUUAUUGGAGAUCCUUCUUUGCAUAAACAUCAGCACACGAAGCAUUUAUACCUGAGGGGGAUAGAAGAGGACUUGUUUCUUCAGGGACCACGGAUGAUGCUGUGAGCACAAAUGAUUUUAAGUCAAGAACAGAUUUAUGUUAUUUGUAAUUCUGUUUGUAUUGAAGAAAUCAUUUGCUUCAUAUGUUAUGUUCAUGUUAAAAGUCCAAGGAGGAAGGGACGAUGGUCUUGGGAUGAUGAGAUUUGUCCAUCUUUACGUAUGAUGAUGUCAGGACAGAUAAAACCAUUGUCAGUGUCAGCCAUUCUCAUGGCAACAUUUACAAGGUAACAAACACAACUUUAACUUAUUCACUUUAUUUCCGACAUAUUAAGUCAAAUAUUUCUUCAGGCAAAUUUCUCUGUUCCUCUACAGCAUAAAAAAAGAGUGAGUCCAUAUGAAAGUCGCCUCAUGUGUGAAUCAUAAUUGAAACAGACGAGUCAUUUCAGUUCAGAUUCUGUCUUCACCGAUUAUUAUGAAAGUGGGGUCAGAUAACUCCACUUGUUUCUAAUGCUGUUUUCUUUCAUGUGUUUAGAGUCCUAACUGCAUCAACUUCAAGACACUGACAUUUCACAAAGUCUUAUUAUACGUCUUAUUAAGACUUUGUCAAGAAUACAUUUCCAUUGAAAACAUGCAGUUAAGGUUAUUACGACUCAAAUAACUAAGAGAUGAAUGAACAGGAAGAUGUUGUUCAUGUUGAGUCACCCGGUUAGCUUUUGUUAUGAAAUCUGAAAAAGCACAUUCUUAUAAUAUUUAAAAACAUUUUGAAAGCAGCUGAAUUCAUGGAAAAAGAAACUGGAAACGAUUUAAAUGUCUGGACAUGUUGAUCUGUAAAGAUUAACGUAGAACCUGGUGCAGUACGAUAUAUGUGCUAUCUGCUAUCUCCUAAAUGCACUUGUGUCUAUCUUAAGUAUUUAUUCACCUCAGCCAUUUCUUCUUAGUGAUUGGUAAAGGUACCAAAAUGGUCUCUGUGGCUGUUGGAAUAAGUUGGCGAGGAAAGAAAGAUUUCCUCCUCACAACAAUUUAUUGGCCUUGAUUUAUCAGGCACCAAGUCUAUGUUGAAGUAUUUGAUCCUACUGGAAAGAAGUUUCUCUCUUUUGCUUAGAACUACUGAUGUAUUUAUUUUUAAGCCUCCUCCUUUAUAACGUGUUUUUGUUCUCAUCUUGAUGCGUCACAUCUCGUUUCAAUCAAAGUGUUUGUAUCCCAGCAGCUCGGGAGGGAGGCGGGAGCGGUCGUGAGCAGCUUAAACAUUCAGCUGACGUAUUGUGUUGUUUCUCUGCUCGACCUGAUGAUUGUGGACUGUCACUGGGUUAAAGCUGCAUCGAAUUCACCUAAACCUUACGGUUUAAAUGACAGAGGCUGCAGACGGGAGGUCAGGUGCCACUUCAACAAAUACUUAAAACAUCCCUGAAAAUCAUGUAAUUGCUUCAUCAUAACCAGUUGUGGUACUUGGGCAUUUUCCUUAAUUAACCUGGAGGAUAUAUAUCCUUCAGUUUCCAGUUAAUAAUCUGCACCGAAUAAGGUUUUUUUGCACUAAACCCAGUUUGAAAAAAGGGGGCAGCAGAGUCAUGACAUUUUCAGUCAGAUUGUAGUGUAUGGUUGCAGUUUCUAUACUGAAUGUCAAUUUAUAAAAUCAAUAAUGUACAUAGAAGCCUUAAGAUUAAACUUCUAUAGAACAAACAUCUGCCAAUAUCAACAUGGUGAUAUUAUCCACUCUUCAUCUGUUUAUCUGCCUUAUGUUAGAGUUCACUUUCAAACCUGUCUUAAAAUGAAAAUGUACUUUCAGGAGGAAAAUGUCGUCAUGUAUUUUUAAAUUGUUUAGUGCACACUUUGAUUUGCUGUAAUGACAUCGCUUACUCAGCAGUUGUAAUCCUUAUGGUACUCUGUUUUGAAAAUCACCAAUGAGGCAUAUGGUCAGGCAUUUAUCGUCAGGAAUAUAACUGUGGUCUGUACCAUCACUACUUGCAUCGCACCGAGCCCUGGACAUAUGGUUGGAUUUAAUCAUAAUUAAAUUGCCAAUACUCAAUCACUUUCAGGUAGUGGGCGGCAAUUAUGAGAAUGUUUCAGCGAGGAAAGGGUUUAUUAGUGUCAAGUAGUUGAUUAAAGACCAUCAUUAUAUGUGGGUUAUUGACUAUGAUGAAUGAAUCACUGGACAGAAUUUUUCUCACAAAGUCAGAUUUAUUUAUCUUUUCAAAUCUUUAUCACAAGCCACAAUAAGAGGUUCACACUGUGUUUUUGUGGUUCUGGUUCUGGGCGUUGACGAAGCACCAGUGUGUACUGCACAGCGGGUGUGUUAAUGUGCCGCACACCUGCUGAAGGGAAGAGAGUCAGAGAGCAUCAUGGACUGUGUUUUACAAAUGUAUACUUUUUUUCUUUGCAAAGUUUGAACGAAUAAAAGCAUAAAAGUCAUUUUUGCCCUCAGA